UUGUACUGUGCUGGAAUAAUUAAUGCUUUUCCCUCCUAUUUUGGACAAAACCGAAAACGCGGCAGGAUUAUUUUAUUUGCUUUAUGAUAGUUCCUACGAGGAAUAAGCAUCUAUCUUAAAUGACUUGUUGAUACAGAGAUGAGCGGUGACAACGUUAAGUUAUUUGUGGGCAACCUUCCAUUAGAUGCAACUCACGACGAGCUAAACAAGCUCUUCGCGCCGUAUGGAGAGAUCAACACCUGCUCCUUGCUCAGGCAGUAUGCCUUUGUUACCCUGAAGGGAGAGGGGGCAGCAGACAGGGCCAUACGACAUCUUGAUGGUAAAGAGUACAGAGGCAGGCCCCUGGUGGUCGAGGAAUCCCGUGCACGCCCACCCAACUCCACUAAAGUGUUUGUGGGGAACCUGAGUGCAACAUGUUCAGCUGAUGAUUUACACGGGCUGUUCUCAACCUUCGGAAGAGUUUUAGACUGUGAUAAAGUCAAAGCCAGAUUAUGCUCAAAUGUUGGCUAUGCCUUUGUGCAUAUGGAGAGGAAGGAGGAUGCCCUGGCAGCUAUUGACGCACUCAACGGGACCAUGUUCAAGGGCCGUCAGUUGGCUGUAGAGCUGUCCAAAGCCCAACCUUUAAUCAACCAGAUUGUAACGGCCGGAAAUUCAGCUAACCCUACCGGUGGCAGAGAGGGUCUUCUUCCGCGACCACCUCCAUCACUAGAGCAUCACCAGAGUCAAGCAGCUGUGCUUGCAGCAGCUGCAGCAGCUGCCGCAGGACUACCCAUACAAGUUCAACAAAGUGUCCAUAACUCAUUCUACAACACAACAUCCUUUGACCCUACCUACGCUGCUCUGAAGGGCAUUACAAGCGCUAAAGGUGCAGAUGGGGUGAUAUAUGGUGCUCUUGCCAGCCAGGUGUAUGGAGCUGUUGCUGACCAGGUGUACCAUGAUCUGGCCAAUCACAAUUCUGGAGCCAGCGCCGCUGUUGAAGAAGUGGAGCCACAGACAGGACCAGACCCAACAACACUUUUCGAGGCAGCUAGAGCCAAGUUCUUUCAGGAGGGACAGAAGGUUCUGGCAGAGCAGCAGGCAGGGAAAAAGGCAGCGUCUUCAGAUAACGAGCGGGACCGUAGCCCUAUCAGAGGAAAUCGAGCCCCCCUCCUCCCUGACCCUGUCCCAGGUUCCUUCGCUCAGAUACGACCCAAACGACGUGCCCUGCUGCCAACACCACCGGGAGGACCUGAAGACCCUGCCGCCGCCACGACUCCUGAAGGGUCAGAUCCAGUUGCUAGGUCUUACACAGAGUACUACCAGCAAAUGCAUCAAUACCAACAGUAUCAACAGUACCAACAACAGUACCAGUAUCUUCAGUAUGCCUACACCAAUCCUCCACCUCCUCCGCCACCUCCUCCGCCUCCACCAGCCACCACACAGGCACAGGCCUCUACCACAGCCACUGCACCCCCAGGAACGUACACAGCACCCCCAACAUAUGCCGCAUCGGGAGCCUACGCAGCGCCAGGAACGUACGGCGCUUCAGGAAGUUACGACACCUCAUCAGGGAGCUACGAUGCCUCAUCUGGAAGCUACGACAACUCUGCGCGCUAUGACGCAUCUGGGGGCUACGGAGCAUAUGAUUCAUCAGGGGCUUACGCAGCAGCGGGAAGCUACUCCACAUCCACACCGUAUGAGCAGACACCCGCACACGGGCAACCCAUGCCCCAGCGCCAUGAUUACCCUUACCACACGCCAGAACCCCCUUACCGAUAGUCCCAUCCCCCAUGCACUCCUUCCACACUGCAGAUGUGUUUGUGUGCGUGUGUGUGUGUGCGUGAGCGCAAGUGUAAUUUACAUAAGGGACAGUUUAAAGAGGAAAAUUAGAGAACAAGCAAGGUCAUAAUUCGAAUGUGCUUUAAAUCUGAAGCAUCUCCCCUUUUGUACAUUUUAACAUAGUCUGUAACUAGCUUGCCUGUCAGUUAAUGGCUGUUACGUGGGUGAUUAUAUGAGUUAACAAGUGGACACAGAUGGAGAUGAGUGGGACAGCUAAUAUCGGAAUAUUGUCAAGCAUUCAGCUUUCUGUUAGAUGUUAAAGAGGCACAGCUAAUUCCUUGUCGAAUGUUAAUGAAGCUCAAACGUUUCUUUGGACAAAGUUAGACUCAGAGGCCAGAGUUGGAUUUCAUAGAAGCUUUUUCUUUGGUACUGGAUCAAGGCCUCUUAUAUACUCUACAUAAAAAUCUGCACAAAAAUGGAUGUUUCCUUGCAGUGUUUCAUAGUAAAAUGUGCAGUCCAGACUUUACAGCGACAAAUCCUUUAACUGCAUCGUUACAGAACUAUAAAUAUUGCUCAGCAACCAAUAAACAAACACACAGGUUAUAUCUUUUUAAACAGAUGAACCGGUGCCCUGGCAAAAUGAGAAAAUCGUCCAUCUUUCACUCUUGACCUGUUUAGAGGUUACAAAAAACUUGCUUUCCCUCUUGUCAGAGCUUUUCUUGCAGUAAUGGAGAUUUCGGUCUGUACAGGCACAUAUUCCACUAUGAUGAUCAAUUUCAAAUAUAUAACUGAGCCCACACACCUUUGUUGGUGUAGGAACACCCUGUGUGGCGUAUGUAACAGGCCUUAGUUCGAACUUGGUCGCAUUGUACCUUUUGUAAUGGCCAGCCUGUUUGUCCAGACAUUUAACUGCAGACAUUUCAGCAGUGAAUCAGACAGAUUUUGUUGCCUUUUACUUGAAGAACCUUCACCUGGUAGAGAUUGAGAAUGUGUGUUAAUUGACCGGAUUGUCUUAUGAAUAUGUUUCAGGCUGGUUUCACUGAGCUGACAGCUUUUUAAAGCUAAUGAAGAAAUUCACACUCAAAGUGUGUGUCAUUUUUUGACCAUCUCAACUUUUGGUACAUGGAAAUCUUUGAUGUGGCAAAAAUCACAAAUCAACUAGUUGGCAUUGUAGGUUGAUCAAAUUAUGUUGCACCCCAUUUAGCUCUGUAUCAGAAAGCGAUUUUUUUUUUCUUUUUUCUUUUUUUUUGGUUGCCUGCUGAGAUGAAAGGUUUUCCUUACCUUACCUGUUGGUUUCGGGUUGCGAAGAGUGCCCCCUCAUUCAUUUUCCAGUCCACGCAGGACAUUCUGUUUAAUUGGGAGAGUUUGUAUAAUUUAAGACAGAUACCACCAGUCUAUGACUGUGCAUGCUUUAUGUUUCACAGUGGGGAGGGAUAGCCAAGAACUUUUGACAGAACAUGACAGGUUAAAAAUACUAAGCGAAUGUUUUCAACAAUUAAAUUGAAGUACGUGACUUUGAUGUUCUCUUGGAGCAGUUUGCCAUAAUUUAUCUUGCUUAUUUUUUCUCGCUUAGCCCAGGCUCUCUGUGUAUCUCUAAGUACGACUCUGAUGAGCUAAAUAUUUCCUGAGUUUUUGGUCAAAGCUCAGUGUUUGCUUCUGAAGCAUGAGGAACGGAUCUUUAAGUAAUUUUUUAGUCAUUCACAUUUCUUUGUCAGUUUUGUGUUGAAUUUGCUGUCAGAGCAUCCUGUGUUAAAAGCGCACAUCUUUCUCUAAUUGUAAUACCCAGUCGAACCCAGGAACCCAGCCUGAAGAAGAGAUGUUUCUUUGUUGGUUUUGUAUGUACAUAUUUGAAUUUAUAAAAGCCAGAGGAAUGGCAGCAAAUAUUGUUUGGCCAAAAAUGUUAAAAGAAUCCGAGCUUUAUAAAUGCUUAAUUUUCCAAUUAGUUUUUGACAUUUUCAUCAUUAGUAUUGUUCCAGUCUCAUCACCUGCUGUCAUGCUUCAACUCAAACUGAAAACUCUUGGUGAUUUAGAGGGAAAGUUGUGCUAGUUUUCAUACCAGAAAAUGUAAAAUUUGGUACUUGUGUAAAUACUUGAAACCUUAUUUUAAACUAAAAAAGUAAUGUGAACCAACAUUUGGUGAGAAUAUUGACUGUUAUAAUUCAAAUGAAGUGAUUGUGUUUCUUCCUAAACAGUUAAAAGAUAGUGAGUAGACAAGAUGAAGUAGGACUGUUGAGUUGUUGUACCGGCCUGUUAAAAAAGGCAGCCCUUUCAUAUGGCUGAAAAGGAUUACCGUCAUGCUUGCGUUGAGCCACGCGCCGUAAAAUCGGACAUCGCAUACGAGUUGAAGUGUGGAUUCUAGAAAUUGAGCUGAAAGUGGAUACAAGUGUAUCUUUUCUAAAUGCAGUGCAGCGAUGUGAUGCUGAUGUGUAUAGUGUAGGGUCAUUCACGGAGUGGAUAGGAGGUGACCGUCUUUGUGCUGCAGGUGAACAUGAGGGUUGUUUUGGAUUUAGUAAAGGCCGCAGAUUUUCACGAGCAGCAAUGAGAAGGGCCAGUGACCUUUCCUUUUCCCACUUCUGAUCUUAGCAGAAACAAACAGUUCAUUUUUACACAUGGCUAGGAUCACUGGCUUUGUCUGCUUCAUAUCACACGUAGACAGCUGUUCGACUCCACACUUGUAUCUAGAUGUAUUCUUAACUGGGUUCCUUGCAUUUUACUCAUGGAAAGCAGAUUACAUGUGCAAGUGAUACUAAUGCACACUUGAUUCCACCUGAAUUUUAUAUGACUUAAAGUAGUUGUUCCGUUCGUGAUUGUACCACACACCAGUUACUCAUCCUAUUUCUUAUUCGCCACCUGAAUUGGUAGUGCUGUGUUAGGUUUAAGUGACACAAAGCCUCUCUACAUUUCCACAUUAUUCCACCUUCUCCAUGUGAACUGUUAGUUGCAUGCCUUGUUGUUGCUGCUGCUCCAGCCACCUUCUUCCUCUUGCUGAUUAUUGCAGCUAGAGUGGGAGGGAGCCAAACUGAGCCCUUGCCCUGGACGUACGCCACACGCAGCUGUAGCGUGGGAUGGGAAAAACAGCAGCGUUAGGCCUGAAACUGCUGUGGACGAUGGGGUGUCCCCCCACUAAGGUAAACACUCAGACCACACACUCCUGCCCCUCCCCGAAACCCGCGUAUACACUCACAAACACACUAAAACACAAAUACAGAUACACCUUUGGCCACACUGUCUAUUCCUCAGCUGUCCUCAGGGAUUUUUAUUUGUCAGGAUUUCAGAUUUUUGGAAACGGCUCUCCCAUCCUUUUUUAAUGGGAGUUUACCUUCUUUCCUGCUUUUGAUUUUCCUGAUCUUAUCCCUACAAGCAUACUCUGCUCAUACAUUCCAGCUCCCAACAUACUGCUCACACACCAUCUUUUGAGGACAUGUACGCCAUCUUUUAGUCUAAAUCUGAACCCUUGCUGAAACAGGCACAUUGUUCUUAUUACAUCCCGUAUCUGACAGCCUGUCACACAGGAGUAUCAGGCAAUCACAGCCAGAGCUGGACGUGGGACAUUUAGGUAGGAUGCGUUGUUCUAGUUUUUGUAAAUGUGCCCCUGGGGCCAUUUUGGGGUUAAGUGCCUUGCUUAAGAGCACAUCUGUAGGCCCUCCAUUUCAGUGUUGAAUAACCUGGCUCAGGAUCGGUUGCUGGUUCAACGCUUGAUUCCCCUUCUCCCCCAAAACAACGAUUUUUGAUGCCACAUUCAACUUGUAUGAAUGACAAUGAACACAAAUAUUAUCAUUUUGUUUUAAAUUACAUUUUGUCCUA